AUGCCAGCCGGCAUGUUCAGCAUCGACAGCAUCCUGUCCGCGCGGCCGAGCUGCAAGGAGCCGCUGCUGCUGCACCGGAGCGGCCCGGUGGUUCUGUCCGCCGGCCUCACGGACUCUCUGUACACCGACUACAACGGACUGUACUCGGCCACAUGCGGACCGUCCGGCCCGGGGGUUCAGUCCGUGAACGGGACCAGGCUUGGAUAUAACGGCUACUACUACGGACAGCUGCACGUCCAGGGCGCAGGAGGCGGGCCGCCGUGCUGCGGCUCCGUGGCCGGCCUCAGCGCGCAGCAGUGCCCGUGCAUCCCCACAGAGGCCGGAGCGGUCCGGUACCGGAACACUGCUGUUUGGUUCAAGAACAGACGCGCCAAGUGGCGGCGGCAGAAGCGCUCCUCCUCGGAGGAGUCGGAGAACUCUCAGAAAUGGAGCAAAGCGCCCAAAACGGCGGCGGCGGCGGCGGCGGCGGAGAAGCCGGAGGAGAGCAAAAGCGACGUGGAGUCGGACAGCUGAUGCUGAGCACACAGGACUGGACGGCUCGCUGUUGCACAGGUGUACAUACCGGCAUCCUAUACUGACGUGUCCCGUAUUUAUAUUUAAUUUAAGUCGUUUGUACCGGUACCGGCCCGCGGACCGCCACACGUCUGAAUAUAUCGUGAUGUUCUGUGACCUUUCUAUGGAUAUUAAAUGUUGUGAUUCUG